AUGGAGCCCUUGAAGAAUCUCUUCCUCAAGAGUCCAUUGGGGUCAUGGAACGGCGGUGUUAGUGGGGGCAGCGGGGGUAGCGGCGGGCUUCGGCCAGAGGGGUCCCCGAAGGCAGCAGCUUAUGCCAACCCUGUGUGGACAGCCCUGUUUGACUAUGAGCCCAAUGGGCAGGACGAACUCACCCUGCGGAAGGGCGACCGAGUGGAAGUGCUGUCGCGGGACGCAGCCAUCUCUGGCGAUGAAGGCUGGUGGGCGGGCCAGGUGGGUGGCCAGGUGGGCAUCUUUCCAUCCAACUAUGUGUCAAGGGGCGGCGGCCCACCCCCUUGUGAGGUGGCCAACUUCCAGGAGCUAAGGCUGGAGGAAGUGAUUGGAAUUGGGGGCUUUGGCAAGGUAUACCGUGGCAGUUGGCGGGGCGAUCUGGUGGCUGUGAAGGCAGCCCGCCAGGAUCCGGAUGAGGACAUCAGUGUGACGGCUGAGAGCGUACGCCAGGAGGCCCGGCUUUUCGCCAUGCUGGCACACCCCAACAUCAUCGCCCUCAAGGCUGUGUGCUUGGAGGAGCCCAACCUAUGCCUGGUGAUGGAGUAUGCAGCUGGGGGGCCCCUCAGUCGGGCCCUGGCUGGGAGGCGCGUGCCCCCCCAUGUGCUGGUCAACUGGGCUGUGCAGAUCGCCCGUGGGAUGCACUACCUGCACUGUGAGGCCCUGGUGCCCGUCAUCCACCGAGACCUCAAGUCCAACAACAUUCUGCUGCUGCAGGCCAUUGAAGGUGAUGACAUGGAGCACAAGACCUUGAAAAUCACCGACUUCGGCCUGGCCCGCGAGUGGCACAAAACUACGCAAAUGAGCGCCGCGGGCACCUAUGCCUGGAUGGCUCCUGAGGUCAUCAAGGCCUCCACCUUCUCCAAGGGCAGCGAUGUCUGGAGCUUUGGGGUGCUGUUGUGGGAGCUACUGACCGGGGAAGUGCCCUACCGUGGCAUCGACUGCCUUGCUGUGGCCUAUGGUGUGGCAGUUAACAAACUCACGCUCCCCAUCCCAUCUACCUGCCCAGAACCCUUUGCACAACUUAUGGCUGACUGCUGGGCGCAGGACCCCCACCGCAGGCCCGACUUCGCCUCCAUCCUGCAGCAGCUGGAGGCGCUGGAAGCGCAAGUCCUGCGGGAGAUGCCAAGGGACUCCUUCCAUUCCAUGCAGGAAGGCUGGAAGCGCGAGAUCCAGGGCCUCUUCGAUGAGCUGCGAGCCAAGGAAAAGGAACUGCUGAGCCGCGAGGAGGAGCUAACACGCGCCGCCCGUGAGCAGCGGUCACAGGCGGAGCAGCUGCGGCGGCGCGAGCACCUGCUGGCACAGUGGGAGCUAGAGGUGUUCGAGCGCGAGCUGACGCUGCUACUGCAGCAGGUGGAUCGUGAGCGGCCCCACGUGCGCCGCCGCCGUGGCACCUUCAAGCGUAGCAAGCUCCGCGCCCGAGACGGUGGCGAGCGGAUCAGCAUGCCUCUUGACUUCAAGCACCGCAUCACCGUGCAAGCUUCGCCUGGUCUUGACCGCAGGAGAAACGUCUUCGAGGUGGGGGCUGGCGAUUCGCCCACCUUUCCCCGGUUCCGGGCCAUCCAGUUGGAACCCGUAGAGCCGGGCCAGGCUUGGGGCCGCCAGUCCCCACGGCGGCUAGAGGACUCGAGCAAUGGAGAAAAGCGAGCAUGCUGGGCCUGGGGCCCUAGCUCCCCCAAGCCUGGGGAAGCCCAGAAUGGGAGGAGAAGGUCCCGCAUGGACGAGGCCACGUGGUACCUGGACUCAGAGGACUCGUCCCCCUUAGGAUCUCCGUCCACGCCCCCAAUGCUCAAUGGGAACCCCCCGAGACCAAACCCAGAGCCUGAAGAGCCUCGGCGCAGCCCAGCAGAACGCAGCGGGGGGAGCAGCAGCUCGGGGACACCCAAGCUCAUCCAGCGUGCCCUGCUGCGUGGCACCGCGCUGCUCGCCUCACUGGGCCUGGGCCGGGACCUGCAGCCACCUGGGGGCCCAGGCCGCGAGCGUGGGGAGCCCCCACCUGCGCCCUCCACACCCAUGCUGUCCCCCACUGAGCCACCAGCCUCCCCACUCAUCCGCUUUUCACCCAAGUCACCUGGUGCACCUGCCUCCCCACUGAGUCCCAAUGCCUCCCCGCUGCUCCUGGACCUGGGCACCCCUGCGGACCAGCCGUCUGCCAAGAGCCCCCGGCGAGAGGAGACCCGAGGACUUACUGUCUCACCCCCACCAGGGAUAUCACGCUCCGCCCCAGGGACCCCGGGCACUCCACGCUCACCACCCCUGGGCCUCAUCAGCCGCCCUCGGCCCUCACCUCUUCGCAGUCGCAUUGACCCAUGGAGCUUUGUAUCUGCUGGGCCACGGCCUUCACCCCUCCCCUCGCCGCAGCCUGCCCCCCGCCGGGCACCCUGGACCUUGUUCCCAGACUCGGACCCCUUCUGGGACUCCCCACCUGCUAACCCGUUCCGGGGAGGCCCCCAGGACUGCAGGGUACAGACCAAAGACAUGGGUGCCCAGGCCCCUUGGGCUCCAGAGGCAAGGCCCUGA